AUGCAGGACCAAACCGCCAACUCCCUAGAUGUCAAGUUGGUGCCUCGUCGCACGUUACAGGGCCACUCCGGUUGGGUCUGGGAUGUGGCCCUCUCCCCGGAUGGCACAAUGGCCGCAUCCGCCUCGAACGAUGCCACCGUUCGGAUCUGGGGCACCAGUGCCACGGGAUCUUUACAUCGCGUCUUCAAGGACCACUCAGGCCCUGUUCGAGCCGUCUCGUUUUCUCCAAAUAGCCAAAGGGUGGCCUCGGCCUCGGACGACAUGAUCGUUCGGGUCUGGGAGAUUGGCACCGGCGCGGUAUCUCGGGCCUUGCAGGGCCACUCGGGCUGUGUGAGAUCGGCUGCAUUCUCCCCUGAUGGACAACUGAUCGCAUCCGCCUCGGAUGAUCAAACGGUCCGGGUGUGGGAUCUGAGUACAGGCGAGACGCUUCGAGUCUUCCACGGCCACGAAGGGUGGGUGCGAAUCGUCAAGUUCUCGCCCGAUGGCAAAUUGUUGGCCUCUGCGGCCGAUGACUGCACAGCCCGCAUCUGGGAUGUGCAGACGGGAGAAUGCCGUGCCGUGCUCACAGGCCAUUCGGACUACGUGCGGACUGUCAACUUUUCACCAGAUGGGUCGAUGGUGGCGACAGGGUCCAAAGACCGUACCGUGCGGCUGUGGCGGGAUGGGGCGGUAUCGACUCUCCUCGAAGGCCAUUGCAGCUGGGUGAAGGAUGUCAUUUUCUCCCCAGACAGCAGCAUGGUGAUAUCUGCCGCGGACGACUCGACAAUUCGUCUGUGGAGCUCCACGUCAGGCACCGCCUGUGGCAAGCUAGGUCCUGUCCAGGGAUGGGAACGGGCCAUGGCCUUUUCUCGCGACGGCAAGCUCGUCGUAUCUACUGCCGAUGAUAUGACGGUGCGAAUUCUGGAGACCGAUGAUCAAGUAUGGUCCUGUCAAUAA